UUGACAUCCGCUGACAAUGUAACCUGGAUUUCGUGCAAUAUGGCGGCAAAUUUGUAGGUAGAUAGGUCCCCGAGAAAUACAGUAGUUAUGAUGUUUAGAGAGUGACUUGAAUCUAAAUAACAAAAGAAUAUAAAAAAAUCAUGGAGGGAGAGCCAGCCACUGAAGAGAAGCCAAGUGCAGAAGAAUGGCCUCUGGAGAGGGCUGAGGUUGGUGCUUAACUUUAAUUUCGUGAAUUUUAAUUUGUAAUUGUUGUUCAGUAGUGCGAGUUUAAUCCUCACUCGCGAUUUGCAAUAACUAUUUCUCGGUUGGUGGGAGAAGAGCGGCAGGUAUCGGUAAAAUUUCCGCACAGCCCCAUACUAUUGUAAAACAACUCUGCCUUCCCAAUGGCAAUCUAUUGUUUUUGUCAUUGUUUUCUCUAUCCAAGAACUGAAUGCAUAAUGUCGUAUGGGGCUGUGCGGAAAUUUUACCUUUACAUGGCUCAGAGGCAAGGGGAAAUAAAACAACAGAAACUAAUUAUCUUUUUUUCAUUUUGAUUUGAUCAGGCUGCAGUUCAACAACUCUAUGAGUUCAGAGACCAUUACUUUGAACACAAUUCAAUUGAGAAGGCCCCACUAAAGAAGAAGGAAACUGAGCAAAAGUUGAAAGAGACUCUGAACAUUCUGGACCAUGUACAGGGUAAGGAAAAGUCUUUUUAAACCUUUUCUUAUUUGAUUUAACCUUUUAACUCCCAGAUCUCAUUAUAAUUCUCUUUACUGUUUGUUAUACAAUCCAUAUAAUGUUAGUUUGGAGAAUUUUUUUAUGAUCAUCUUCUAACUCCUUAACUUAUAUUUUUCUUUAUUCUCAUCACUUGUCUGCUUGAUAUUGUAUUGAUAUUGUAGAGAGAAAUUCUGUCUUGAACAGCCAUGGGAUUUAAAGGGUUAAAGUCAUUUUUUAAUAUAAAUUAUAAUGAAAUUGGUAGUGUCAAUAGUUAAUAGCUUAAUGUUGUAACCAGGAUUAUCAUUAGAAAAGUAGUAGGUGUGUGAUCUGAACUGAUUACUGUGAUUAGGGGCUGAAUUGAAUUAUGAAUGUAUAGUAGGCAUGGCAUGUUGCUUUGUAACAUGCUGUUCAAGGGUAUUCAUGGGUAUGCUUUCUCAGAAACUUUCCGAAAGAAGUGAUUUCCAGAAUUCUCAAGAAUAUAUGAUAAUCAUUUUCUAUCUUUGAUCAUAAUUUACAAACUAAAGGUGUUGCUGGUGCAAAAUGGUCUGAUGAGCAGCAGGCUUCUACCAGUUACCAGCUUCCUAUGACAACCCUGUUGUGAACUUUUUUCCUGAAUUUGGAAUUUAUUUAAUGAAAUAUUUUUCCUUGCCGUUGUAGCCCAAUGCGAGGAAACAGCCAGAUGUCUAUUUUUACGAGGGAAGGCCUUGAAUGUGAUGCCUGAUUAUGAUCCUUUGGCUCAAGAUUCUCUGUCAAGAGCCGUCAAGCUGGAUCCGAAACUAGUUGAAGCUUGGAAUUGCCUGGGAGAGUGUUACUGGAAGUGUGGACAAGUUGAAGCAGCCAGAAACUGUUUUGUAGGAGCAUUAAAUCAUGUGAGUUAAAAGACACAUGUUGAUUUGACAGCCUAUUUUGGGCGAUGGUUUUCAUGAAGUGAGAGAGACAUAAGAAAAUACUCUUGUAAGGGAUUGUAACCAACACAACACUGAACUCACUUGGUCCAGGAGUCAAACCCUGGACACAGCAAGGUGGGGUGAAGGCCUUCAGAACUGCACCAUUCUUGCUCCCAAGUACCGGGUAGUAUGAGUCUGUAACUCAAAUUUAAGACACACCAAUUUUCCUCCUUAGGGAAAGAGCAAGGAGUCUUUGAGGAACUUGUCAAUGGUGUUGCGACAGAUUGGGAAAGGUGAAAUAAAAACAAACCCUUGUCACCAUAAGCAUGAGAAAAUCCAACCCAAGUUUAAGAUAUUUGUCAAUAAGGGAAACAUAAUUUCACAGAACUUGAAUUGUCAGGAGAACAGCUCGCUGAAAAAACACCUUAGUUUAUAAAAAACUGAUGAAGAGUUGGGCUGCAUCAUUUGAAUAAUUUUUACCCAUAAGCACACUCUAAGGUUUCUGUUAAUGAUUUGUUUUUAAUGCCAAAAGAAACUUGGCAAUAGCUCUUUCACUUAUGAGUUAGUUUUAAACAAUAACCAGAGUUGGAAUAGUUUCCAAGUUUUGUUUUGGAGAACCUAGUAACUUUCUUAGAUUUAGUUGAUUUUGCUGAAAAUUUUAAUUUUCAGAUCAAGGUGAAAAAGUAGAAAAUAUCAAAAUGAGUGUAGAGAAAGCAAAAGAAGCAGUGCAGUGUGAUGUUAAGGAUGGAAUUUCUUGGUGUGAGUGGACUUAUUAUAAAAUAUUAAUCAUUGUAAUUGAUGAUAAAUGACAAAAGUUGUAACUAUAAGAUUAGUUGUAUUUUUAUAUACUCCUCUGGUAGUAUCACAUAACUUGCUUUGUGAUUGGCAGUUCUCAUAACCACAAACAUGAUGGGGGUGCAUUAUUGUAUGGGAAUUUCUUCUUUGUUCGUGAGUAAAAAAAUUUGGAGAAAAAAUCUUUCCCCUCAAGGGAGUGAAUAGAUGCCAGCAAAUUUUUAAGGGAAACAUGAUAAAUAUUUAGUAAUUGAAUGAUAAAUGUCUUUAAUUAUCAAUGGGCUGGCAGGUGUUUUUUUCCUCAAUUUUUUUGGCAGACCAUUGUCAAGGUAUUUUCAUCUCCAACUGACAUGCCAAUGUUCAUUUUGUUUCAAAGACAUACUUGGCAAUGCCUAUCUCUCCCUCUUCUUUUGUGGAUCACAGUCUCCUCAGCUGAUCAAGCAGUGUAUGACUGCAUAUUCACAAGCGGUAAGAAUUCCAUAUUAGUUUAAAGCCUUAAAACUACACAGUAUAUGGUUACUGUUGGUCAUCAAACUGAAACCUGACCUGUGAGCACCUUUCCCUCACAGGAGAAUUAGGUCAAUUCUGAUACUGAUAGUGAAAUGAAGUCAAUAAGACAGACUUCAUUGUACACAUUUCUUUUCAUCUUUUGAUUCUGUAACUGACACUGUAACAAAUCUCUAGCCUAAAGACAUGAUCAACAUCCAUACCCUUUCUUUACAUAGGAACCUGACCCCACCCUCUUAUUUUAGCUUGUUCUGAUUAAUUUAGUCUGAUGAGCUAUUCCUUUUUUUUUCCUGUUAUUGAAUUUUCUUUGAUUCUGACCAUUUACCGUAUUUACCCGUGUAUAAUGCGCCCCCGUGUAUAAUACGCACCCUAAUUUUUGACCUCUUUUUCCCGAAAAAAAAAAUUUCAUGACAAAUACCAAGAAUUAAAACUUCCAUUUUUUCACUUAAUUAACAAGAGCUGGGAAUUCAUCAAUAAUAUGUUUACAACAAUUUCUAACUAGUUGCUACUACAAAUAUCGCACGCACCGAGCACCUAUUUACAAGCUUUUUUAUUCAGUAACAGUCAAACGUUUUAUAAAUGUUGUAACUUGAAGUCCUUAUUAAUAUACCUAAAUUCACAACUUGAAUUAUUAUCAUAACAGCCGUUCAUAAACAUUAUUUCUACUCACAGUACUGCUGGUAGCUUGAAUAUAAUUACUGCAUUGCAAUUGCGUGAUUUAAGUAAAAUGUUCAGUGUCUUUAAACAACGAAACCUUCAAAUUCCGACUCACAGUCCGAUUCGAAUAGGUUUCGAUGACUGAAUCCUCAAGUUCAUCAGUGAUCGCAGUUGAAUUGUAAACCAAUUCAUCUUGUGAUCCAUUCGAAUUGUUUGUGCACCCACACUUCAGAGAGGCAGCGAUCAUUUCUGAUGGAAUGCCUUCCCACGCUUGUGAAAUAUACGAACAGAUCAGUUCCUCCGAAGCCUUUUUUUGUCGUCCAGUAAGUUCGUGAAUUCCAUCAGCCAUCCACUCCUUUCGGACUCCAUCUCUAAAUGGUUUGUUCAAAGAUACAUCGAGCGGCUGGAGAAGGGAAGUUCGCGUUUGAAGAAAGUGUUCACAGUAUCUGUCACGUGAGCCUCAAAUGAGUCGUAAAUAAGCAAGCUCUUUCUCCUCCCCAGGCCACCGAUCCGUGCACUUUUACUUUCUUUGUUGCGUUUUUAACGUAUGCAAAUUAGGACGUGCUUGACAAACAAUAGAAUCCGUGUAUAAUACGCACCGCGAUUUUGAUGCUUGUUUUUAUGGAAAAAAAGUGCGCAUUAUACACGGGUAAAUACGGUAAUGGUGUAAUUUUAUUAACAGUAUAAAGACCCUGUAGCACAAAACAACCCAGAUCUACACUUCAAUCAAGCAAUGGUAAGACACAAAUCAGUAUAAAAAUUAGUAUUAAGAUUAGUUAAAGAUUGCUAACUUAACUCUUUCCACCCUAAAAUUAGCACUCAUAUUCUCUAUACUGUUCUCUUUACAUUUUCUAUGGUGCUGACAAGGAGAAUUUGUUUGAUAAUCAGUAGCUUCUUAAAUUGGUGAUCAUUUCCUUUAUUGUCAUGACCUCUGCAUUUUAUUAAGGGUAUUACUGUAAGAAGUAAUUAGAAAUAAGACACUCUUAACUUUAACAGAACAGAGUAUGGGAUGACUCUUAUACUUUCUUUGUUUUAAAUAAGUGAUAUUUGAUCCUUUUUUCUUAAACCUUGCUUACCUAGCUUUUCUCUUGAACUUGUUCUUAAACUCAGGAGGUAACAAAAUGGCAAAUAUUAGCCAUAUUAGUACUUCCAUUUCAGCAAUACAAAGACAGCAAAACUUUGUGGCUCAGAACUGUUGCAACAACAGCGGUGUCUCAGCUUUAGGCAAUUAAUCCCUGAAGUAUACUUUGUUUUACCCAGUUAUGACCAACAAUAUAGAACAAUGGCUAUAAAUAUAUGAAAAUCAUACAUGUGCACUUUGGUUGAAGAAACGAAUAUAGAAGCAAUCCUUGCAGCUAUGAACACUACUGAACUAAUGGUUGAAAUACAGGCCUGAAUUUUUUUCAGUAGUGUUCAUAGCUGCGAGGAUUGCUUCUAUAUUCAUGUUUUCAACAUAAGUGCACAUAUAUGAUUUUCAUAUAUUUACAGUCAUUAUUCACCACUUCAAAGGUUUAUUUGGAUCCAACAUAGUGACCAGCUCCCAGUUGGCUUGUUAGCUCAGUUGGUAGAGCACUGCACCGGUAUCACAGAGGUCAUGGGUUCAAAUUCCAUAUGGGCCUGAAUUUUUUCAGGCCUUAUUUUAACUACUAGUUCAGUAGUGUUCAUAGCUGCAAGGAUCACUCCUAUAUUCAAAUGUUGAACUAUUUUGUCAGAGAAGGUUGAUUCUAUCAUUCAGGUUUCCUUUUAGGCAUACAAAUACCAGGAGGAAUAUAAAUUAGCCAUAGAUGGCUUCAAAAAGGCUGGCAUUUUAGACCCAGGUUGGAUGGAGCCUGGUGAUGAGAAACUUAAGCUGCUGAAUAUCUUAACAAAAACAAUUGACCUUGUGGAGGGAAAGGUAUGAACUAAUAAACUAAUAAUUCUGUCUGAAUGUAAUAGUGUUCUCAUUGUCUCACUGUGCUUUUCCUUCUUCAUUCUAAAUUAACAUCUUUAUAACAACAAUUCUUUCAUCUUCUCUACCUUUAUUACAGGGUAAAUUGAAAGGCAAGAGGCUCCAUUCCAUGGUACAGUCCUUGGGUCCAUCAGAUUUGGGCCCAUAUGGUGGUGGUAGUUACACCAGUCCAUCAGGUCAAACAGUCCAGCUUGAUCAUAUUCCUGUUUCCAAACUAGUUUCUGGCUCAAAUCAUAACAAAGUGAUUGUUGGCAAAGUUGUGGGCUCUGUUCCAAUGGAUGAUCCAGUGCCAUAGUAAGUAUUUCAGAUGGCAAAAAUAGAGAGUUUUAUUUUACUCUUAAGAUGUGAUUUGUAAUGUUUGGCUCUUGGUAACACUUAUUUUCUGGUAAAUUGGUUAAUAAGAAAGACUGGUCCAGCAGCAAGUUAACACUCCUUACCAAUGUGUUUUACAUUUUCUUAUCACCUGUUUAGUGGACAGUAAAUUGAUGUUGCAGGGGCAAAUUGCAUUAUAACCAUUUAGAGGUGAAAUGUGAAUGACAACAAGCAGAAAAAUAUUUUGAAUAAAAAUGCAUGAAAUUGUGAAAUAAUAAUGCAAAUGAUAAUUAAUAUUUGCUAAAAAGAAUGUUGCAUUGUUGAGGUAGUGGAUAUGAAUUAUUUUCUGCAUUGGAAGUCAGUUUGUAUGCCACACUUCUGGUGUCUUUCUUGUUAUAAAACCAUCUUGUUCUAAAACUUUUUUCCUCUUCUUGUCAUUCACAUUUCACCUGUCAAAGACUGCAGUUCAGGCAGUUGAAAGCUCAUUAUUUUUUUAUUGUUUUAGCCAGAGAUCAUUCUGGAAAUUUUUUUAACAUGUUUCAUCCCGGCUGUUUUCACAUUGAUAGUGCACUUAUGGAAUGUUACUUGUACGGUACUGUGGUGGUUACAUAUUUAACUGAUUUCAUGACAAUAGUUUAUCAUGACCAGAUUCUGUUGUUCUCAGUAUCUUUGCCCUGGUGGAUGGUGAAGAUCGUUGUAUACCAGUAACUGUUUACAACAUGGCAGCAGGAGCUGGGUUUGCAGUUGGUGACUCUGUUGCUAUCCCUGAACCUUUUUAUCAGGAAACUGAUUUCUCUGAAAAGGAAAAAGUAAGUGUAUAUCUCAUCUUAAGAUUUUGUAAUUUUUUGGUAGAAAUUUUAUUUUGAUGGGCACACCUGUCACUGCCAGGUAAAACUAAAACUGGGGAAACAAUCUGUAACAUGGUACAGGCAUCCCCAACUCAAGUAUAAAUCUGGAUAUUUCAGAAUUUCAAAUAAUUUUUUUCUGAUAGCUUGCUCAGGGGCACUCCCUAUUUUCCUACCACCCCCUCCUCUCAUUGCAAAAGAAUGAAUUAGAUAUUAGGCAACUUUAUUUCUGAUGAAGCAAUUACCAAGUAGUUUUUCCUCUUAAUGACCCUCAUAGCUGCCUAUGAUUAAAAUGUGACUAUUUCUUUAAGUUAAUUUGCUAAUCAGCUUAUUGAACCGUUUUCACCUAGAUAUUCAAGUUUGCUUCGAUUCGUAUCGACAACCCUGUAGUUUUGGUGGUAAACAAGAAGAAACUUGGCUCUAACAGACUAGCUCCAUCAACUCUUUUGGUUUCUACAAAAAGCGAGUGAUUGAUUCAUAGCAUACCUUUGUGAGGAGGGAAACUGUUUCCAGUGAUGGACCGGUUAGAUACAACAACACAAAUCGAACAGAACUCAUUUCGAAUUUAUGAAUUUACUGAGUUAGGUGUGUGAAAUUUGUGUCUGUCAAUGAUAGACGCCAGUCAAGCAACCACAUUUAUAAAACCUUAUGGAAAAUUUCCUCGAGGAUUUACUUUUAUCUAUUUUAUUCGACUGAAGCACAAAAAUUGCGUGUUUUCACUGGUUUUAAGAAAAAAAAAUCCGUUUUCACCUCUUGACAUCAUUACCUUGUGAAUAAGGCCCCGUUUUACCACCAUUGCCUCUUACUUUGAAAGAAGUCCACGGUAAAACAGAAGGCAUAUUACGACUGACGAGCUUGCUAAUAAUAGGGAUUCGAGAAGGAGAAAAUAAUUGAUAUCCUACAUAACAAAGAAGAACCCAUAUUAAUGUGUAACUGGAUUAUGUUUCAUAAAUAUUCUUAAAAAGAAAGGAUACACGAUUAUUUAUUAAUUUCUUAAGAAAUCUACACUCAAAUUGACUCAAAUAACCAUUGGAGUUCAUAACGGUUAUCGCCUCGAAAUACGCGGCCACUAUAUUUUUUUAAAUCAUGGCCAGCGUUGGCGUGGAGUAGACAACAUGAUUUGUAAAUAUUUUUCAUGGAAUUAAUUUUAUUCAUGAAGCCCUCCUGCAACAUCUGAAACUGAUCUGCGACAGUUAAAAUGCCGUCGUGCUGAUUUUUUAAAACUUAAAGAUUUUGUUACGAUUUCAAAAAGAAAUUGUGCAAUUUUUUCGUCGAUGCCAGCCUCAAUCUCCGUCUUCAUUUUGGUUAUAAAGUAGAUUUAGUUUAUUUUAGAGCAAUAGGAAUGUCUUCCGUGCUUUCUGAGAAUUUACGUGCGUGUAGUGGUUCCAAAAAUAACCAGUGACAAGCACAAAACCGAAACUAACUAGGGAGGGAAAGAUCGCGGGAAAGUCCCUUUCUUCAGGGGAUUACCGAAAAUAAUUUCCUAGAAGCCUUAUUGGCUGAAGAUUAAGGGCGCGCGCUGAAAUAGUCAUCCGGAAAAUAGUGACGUCUGGCGGGUCAUUUUCAACCAAUCAGAUACGCUGAAUCAAGCGCGGGUUCUUAGAAAUCAGGGGUUUUCACCGAAAAAAAAACAAUUGGGGUCUGACUAUUUGGAGUUGUUUAUUAUAAAUUUGCAAGCCUGUUAUUCCAAGAACGAGAACUCGCUGGGUGCAUGAAAAUACGCCAGAACAGAGGAGCGAAGCAUUGAGUGAGCAAUUCUACGACAAAAGAAGGUAAUUUGUUCUCUUCUUUCAUCGGACAAAAAAAUGUGUGCGUUACUAAAGAGUUCACUAUUUUUUCUCGAUGGCUUUCGCUUUGUUUCCCCUGCCUAAAUGUUUUUAAAACCAAGAGUAUCAUAUUAAGUUUCUGCCACAAUUCGAUGAAGUUGAAAAACUAUCGAUUGGUCUCUAUUUGUUUUCAUGUACAGGUUUCAAGUCUUGACGUUUCCUGAAAACUGCAACUUAAAAUUUGUUGCUAGUUUCCUCUUAUCUGAAUGCACGCUAUGUUAGACGACGUUAAUUGAAAAUCAGUGGCGCUUGAUAUGUGUUACUCUGCUUCUUCUUGCAGGUUUUGCGAAAAUGUCUUUAGGCAUCGCGUCAAUUGCAGCUUUUAAUCCCAACAGACAGGCGGUACGUUGUUUAUGGCGAAACUAGGAAGUUUUUAAAUCGAACGCGUAAAAUUGAUUUCGAAAUGUUAAUUUCAUAUUUGUUUCGGGCAUGGCUGAUCACGCCAUCAUCUCCGCGACCCCCACAUUAUAUUUCUUUUCUCACUGAAAGGCGCUUUGUAUUCUUUGAAUUGUGAAAUUCAUUUUUAAAAACCAAAUUCUAGAUCACGGUGUUAAAUCUGACCAGGGGAUAAGUCAUAUGUUAAUGUUUGUAGUCCCACCUCUAAGAAAUUCGGCUCGCAAUAAUAUCGCGUUAUUUCUAAUUCUACGCAAGCUAGGUCAAAAGUGUAAUCGCCUACAGAUCAGCCUUUGUGGGGCCUAAAGCAAACAAAUUGGGCUUAGUAUCUUGAUAAAAAAAAGUUAGAUAGAUGAGAAAUAGACAAGUAUCUAAAUUUUGUCUCUGUUUUUAAGGUAAUUGUAGUGUUUUCAAUACAAAAACGCAUGCGUAGUUUAAUUCAAAUUCUUGGAAAGGAUGAUUUGCAUUCAUAUAUGAGUGACUUUGAAUAGCCACAAAUCAUUAUUAGAUCUGUGAUCGGGCAUGCAUACCCUUUUUUUUACAAUGGAAAAUCUUAGAUUGUAAUUGUGAAUGACUAAAUGUCAAAGAGACCACAAAAUAGGUUAGGGUUCUUCACAGUUCAGCACAAUCAUGCAACUAUGAUACAGGAAUAUUUUAGUGCUGUACUUUGAACUUGAUAUACAAUGGUGCAAAUGAAAAUUGACACCCAAUAGGAAAUUGGAAGUUUCUAGGGAUUUGGACCCAGAAGAGAUUAAAAAAAGUUUCAGAUGAGUUAAAAAAGGCCUGGGUUUUCAGCAAGUUAGGACUUGGAGGUAAAUAUGUCUUAGACUAUAACAAUGUAUAAGCUCUAUUCUAAGAAAUAUCAUGCAAUCCAUGAUAAAAGCUUAUUUUUUUAACUUGAUGUUUACAGAGUGGGGAACUCGCAGUCUCAAUGUUAAAGAAGUGGCUAUCAUCUUACGGCCAUCCAUCAACAACAGCAGGACCAAUAAUAGCAUCUACCAUCACUAUCGAAGCCAUUCAAGAUCUGCUGCAUGCAAAUGGCUUUCCCAUUGAAGGUAUAUAUGUGUGAUUUACUGACAAUAAAAUUUUAUUGCAUGUUUUGUGUUAAAGAGAGAAAUGAAACACAACCUAAUGUACAAGCAUGGGUCUUGCAAUACCUUUUUCUCUCACCAUGAGUAAAAAUUUCUAAUAAAAUUUUCUCAAUCUCUGUCUUUGAUGGCAGCACCCCAACAUGUGGACUUGUGUCCUGGACCAUUUGAAGACACACAGUUUGAUGCAGUAGUGGAUGUUGAGACCUCUGAUGAUUGUAUGGAUAAUGGAGGUAAACCAUAUUUAUCCCUGUUUUUUUCCUACAUUCAAAUUCUGACUCCCCCUAUCACAUUUGUUUCAAAAAUUUUGUAAGUAAUUCAUUGAUUCUUUCCAUGUUUGAAUCCCUAAUGCUCAACGAGAUAGCAUCACAUCUUUGAUUGAAUUAAUCAAUUUGCUAUAAUUUUUCUUUAUCAAAUUUUACACAAAUGGUUUUCAAAUUAUGGAAUAAUACACCUAACAAAAACUUCUCUGUAUGUGUUGUCUAAAUGUAUGUUUGUUUUUGCUUUUUGUAUUGAUUAGUGACUGAUAAAUUUGUGACAACUAUAAUUACAGAUCUCAAAUUUACAAACCUUGAUGCUUGUUCAGAAUAUGGAUAUGGUGGAUCUGACCUCUCAGAAGAUGAAAUCAACUUUUUCCAAGGUUAAUACUGCAUUGUUUUCAUAGAUAAUAGUCAGUAUUAACUAGGGAAGAUAUUCAAUCUUUGAAUGAACCAAAACAAAUUAUUGAAUUUGUGACUGGGUUGGGAAAGAGAAGUAUAAAGAAAGUGCAAAUUUCUACCCUAAGCCAUAUGAUCUUCACUCAAACAGGUCUAUUGAUAUAGAAAUCUUUAAGGUCUCUAUAUUCUGUUGCCAGUGAUUUAAAUUCAUUAUUUCUUAUCCAUAAUAGAUCUGCCACUGAGUCCUGACUCGCCAUUGUUCUGUGAGUCAGCUGAUAUUGACUUUGGAUUUGAUUCAGGAAUUGAGGCUGAGAUGGAUGAACCUCAUGGUAAUAAAAAAUCAUUUGGUAAUGUUUAUGAUUUAUGAUUCUACCCUUAACCCUUUACACCAUGACAUCCGUAUUCAUUUAUUCUCAAUUGUGCCCCUGGGCCCACUCUUAGAUACCUUCCAGAAAACUCAGAACAGAAAUUAUUUGAAGGUGAUCACCCCACCAUGAGGUAUGCAUUACAGAGAACAGUGUUUGGUUAGUAAUUUAAGCAUUCAUUCUUAAUAGAUGGGGCAGAAGAAAAAGAUGGCAAAAAAGAGGAAGGAAAGACUUGUGAAGACAAGAAAUCCACCGAUGAAUCAAAGCAGAAAGACAGUCAGAAUGAGCAGUCAAGUCCACCAAAGCCAGUCAACAGUAAGUCUCAUUUUACAACACUAAGUGCUCUUUCACCCCUUGCAAAUCAAGCAAGGUUGAAUUUCUUCUUGUGAAAUAAAUGUUUCUGAACAAAGUUUUUUUUUUAAAUCAUUCUAUCAGAGAAGACAAAAGCAGAAGACAAAAGCAAGAGAGUGACAGACAAGAAAGAUGUUGUAGAUGUUAAAGAGGAAGGUGACGAUAAAGAUGAUGAUGAUGAUGAUGAUGAUAAUGAAGAAGAAGAAGAUGGUAAGAAUUCAAAUGUAAAUAAAUCAGUGGCUUGUUAUCACCUAAAAAAAACACUGUUGUUCGCUAGCACAGUAAUAUUUGUUGAUCAACAAUUAUAGCAGUAGGUGGCAUAUCCAUUUUUUAAAAAAUUUAAUUUUCUAAUUGAACAGUUUAGAUCCAAUUUGCUAUAAUUAAAUAUGAAAAUUUGUACCUGAUGCAUGAUUAGCUAUACCAAUUUAAACAUUGUGAAACCUGAUAUUGCUUCAGAAUACAUCAUCGCAUUAUUGUCAUUGAACAGAUGUGUGCCAACUUUAAAAUAUUUGAGGUUAAUGCAAUGGAUUUGAUCUUCAUCUAAUUCUCCAGAGAUAAUUUUUGUGUGGGGAAAAUGAUUUUUUGCCUUGAAUCACCACAGAAUUAUUCAACCACUUGAUGAUUUUCUUCUAGAUUUUCCACACAUCCACUGUCAAUACCUCUGGGAGUUCCUUCAUCAGAUUUUGCUGGAAAAACAGAAUAAGUAUAUUGCAUGGAAAAAUCAAACCAAAGGAGUGUUUCAUCUUCUUGAUCACAAUGGCUUGGCCCGCCUUUGGGGAAAACAGAAAAACAGGAAAAAUAUGACAUACGAGAAACUAAGCCGUGCCCUCAGAUACUAUUACAGCAAAAACAUCCUCAAAAAGGUUCCUGGUCAGAGACUGACUUACAAGUUUGUUCGCAAUCUUAAUGGAAAGAAGUAUCCCAACUGAGCUAGAAGCCAAUAUUUAAAUCAACCAUACCUGAAAAGAAGUUUGCUUGUUGAUCUGAUGUUGCCGAUAAGUGCGAGGGGUGACGAAUUAUGUCUGCUUUUUUCAGAGCAGACUAUGGUCAGUUGAUAAAAAGCAACCUUAAGUAAAGAAUACCUUUAGAUUCAUAAUGAACAAGCAUAUAUCUCUACUCAUUACAUAUGAACUAACAUGUAAAUAUUGAAGACACUCACAUUUUACACUUAACAAUCUCUCACUCAGAGUUUUAGGUGUGUGCAUUUGUACAUAUUUAGCUCAUAAAGAGAAAGAUGUACAUAAGCCUCGACACCCUAACAUCAGUAUGCAUAUUCUCCAUACUGUUCUCUAUACAUUAAGGUAAAAGGUGUGGACAGGGAGAAUUUGAUUUAAUAUCCAAAGCCUUUUUUGGAUGGUGAUCAUUUCCUUUAUUGUCAUGACCUUAAUGUGUGAUUCAAGGGUGAUAUUGUGUGAAGAAAUUAGAUGCUACUUCUCUUAGGUGUUUGAGGGUUAGGGCAGUUUCCAUUGAUCAUCUGAUUGUUAAGCAAGGCAAUGAUUUCACAUGUUCAUAAGGAAUAAAUAAGUGAACAGAAUCGAAAGUUAUGGACGUUCAAGCUGUUCGAAAUAUUUGGACAGUAAGAGAAGUAAGUGACUGAUACCUUACAAUCGCCAAUGGAAAAAGUGUUCCUUAAAAGUUGUUGACCCUUUGAAAAAUAUAGACACUGAACUGUUCAGUGCUUUCACUAUUACUUGCAAGGUAACAAAUUGUAAGGCACUCAAAGUGCUCUUUGAUUGUUUGAUAUAGUGGUUAUAAGUGUAAGAUCCUCAAGCAUGGAAGUAAAAACUAAAUUCUUUUAUGAAAGUGUUGUGCAAAUUUUCUUGUAGAUAUCAGGUAACUGUUGGCUCGUGUGCGUGUACAGCUGUGGUGGCAAUGGGGUCUCUCAUAAAGGGAAUAAGUUUCUAAAGUUUUCUCACUAAUGGAGGGCUAACGCUAAAAACAUCAGGUUUAGAAAGUCUUUACGGUGGUCAAGACACAUUAUCAACUCAGUUCAUAACACCAAAUUAUCUUAUCCACGGACGUAGCACCCCAGCUUCUUUGGAAACUUACCCCCUUUAUUCUUACCGUAUCGGCCCAUUAUUCAACAUUUUUCCCCUCUUUGUGAGGAUUUGUGAAAACGUAGUUCACAGAACAGAACAGAACAAACUCAUCUGAUGCUGGCUGGCAAUUUGAAACGGAUGUUGUAAACAAAAUGGUCCAUUUAUUAAAACUCGAGUUUAACGCAAAUUUAUUUCUGGGUUUGCGCAAACUCACAGAGCCUCGGUCUUUUCCCAAGACCGCAAGAAACAAAAGUUAUAGACAUGAAAUUCACACGGGGUUUGCGCAGAUUCGCAAAACCUCGGUCUUUUCUUAAGACUGCAGAAAACAAGAGUUAAAGACAUCAAAUUUUAACGGUGUUCCAUGAAUAAAACUUUCGAGCUCAUAUGAGCUCCUUUGGUCACUUAUUUGUGUAUCCUUAGCUUCCGUAUUUCGCCAGGUUGAAACUUUCGCCUUGAAACUGGAAGCUAUUUGCGAAAAAAUGCCGUAAAUCAGACCCUCAUCCACGUGGAACCAGACAGAAGAUUUAAAGCCUUGUCCGAUUCACAGUCAUGACCAAACCUUCCGCCAACUUUACUGAAAGACGUUUUUCCUUCUUUUCACUAGCGUGCGACAAAGUCCCCAUGAGGGAUCGAAGUUCAUACCUCCGGAUUCUGCGCUGCGAUGCUCUACCACUGAGAAAUCUGUAAGCGGACGCAUAAAUGGUUUUUCAUCCUGUAAAACAAAUAUAUUUCAUGUUGCACUGGAUCUGUAUAUACAAAACACAUCACAGAAGAUUUUAAAAUUUUGUGAGAAUAUAAGUGACACACUCGGCAGCCGCUCACGGUCCACUUUUUUUAUUGUUGCCACAUUUUGAAGUCAUCUUUGAUGUAUAACUAAACAGACGAACGGCAACAUGAAAACUAAAAGUUACUCAGACCACGGAAAUUUCAUGUAUUGCAUAGUAUCAAGAGAAAAUAAUGGUACCUAAGCAUUUGUAGAGAGAAGUGUGAAAAUGUUGGAACAGUCUUCACCUCUUGUUGUCAGUUUAUGACCAAAGAGAUUUGAAGUUUUGUUAAAUUGACGAACCUUGACGAAGAAAGUUUGAAUCAAAGAACUGAAAAAUCAGUAUUUGUUGCAUAUAAGAACGAUUGAUUGCCUGGCAGACUUAUUGAUUAAGUGAUAGACUGAUGACGGACUGACUGACUAAUUGACUGACUGAAUAUUUGACUGAUUGACUGACUGACUGACAGAUUGAGUGGCUGACUGACUGACUAAUUGACUGACUGACUGAUCGACUUAUUGACUGACUAACUGACCGACUGAAUAGCAACAGACUGACUUACUGUCUGACUUAUUGACUGAGUGACCGACUGACUGACUGAUUUACCGAUUUACCGACUGACUUAUUGACUGAAUGACUGACUGACUGACUGACUGACCGACUGACCGACUGACUGACCGACUGACCGACUGACUGACUGACUGACUGACUGACUGACCGACUGACUGACCUGCUUAUUGACUGAGUAACAGACUAACUGACCAACUGCCUCAUUGACGUUUCAAGCGCUAGCUCUACUUCAAAUUCACUAUACUCUGACGAAGGGCUACCUCACACACUUUGGUUUUCCUUUUUCAGCCAUUAUAACGUUAGUAUCUCACAUACUUGGUUUUCCUCGUUGUCAGAUUUUUGAGCCCUGUUUAAACGGAGCUGUAAUUAAUAGUCGAUGACUGUUUCAACUAUUACGCGCAUUUAAACACGAACUAUCAUGCACUAUCAAUAACUAUCAUCUACUAUCAUCAACUAUUAUGUAGUUGGGACAUGUUCAAAUUCGACAUAAUAAUGGAUGAAGGUUUUUUUGCUUUUUGCACGAGUGGAUGAUAGUGAAUGAUAGCUUUUCCAUCAGCAGUUUUGCCAAAAACGGGCUAAAACUGAAAUGACAGAUGGUAAAAUGAUUCAAAUAGCUAUCAAGAUUUCGCAGAAUGUCUCGUAGUUCAUUCUCUUCAUCUCCUGGUAGGCUCCCGAAUAUCUUCCACUCACAACUCCUUGACUAGAUUUUAAAUGCCACCGAAAUUGCUGAACUCAGCGUGCACCAUAUUUGAUUACCAUAUGAACCGUUUGAACGCAAACAAAAUAUCCAAUCAUAGAAAAUGAAAGUUGAAACUAUUGUCGACUAUCACCAACUAUCAUAACCAUUUUAACGGGGCUUUACAUUAUCGUCUCGCUCACUUUUAGUUCAAUGUUUGCCUGUUGUCUAAUUGUUGUGUUGGUAUGUCGCCUGGCCAAACGCACGGCAACAUUUCAAAGCAUCACCUCGCAACAUCGUUGAAAAGUGUUGUGAGAUGUCGUUUACGUUAGUAUCUCGAGCACUUUAAGUUUUCCCUGUCAUGUGAUUGUAGCGUUAAUAUCUCGCGCACUUUUAGUUUUCUGUCAUGUGAUUGUUACGUUAGUAUCCCGCGCACUUUAAGUUUUCUCUGUCAUGUGAUUGUUACGUUAGUAUCUCGUGCACUUUUAUUUUUCCCUGUCAUGUGAUUGUUACGUUAGUAUCUCGUGCACUUUUAGUUUCCCCGUCAUGAUGGUUACAUUACUAUCUCGUGCACUUUCAGUUUUCCCUGUCGUUAUUAUUACGUUGAUAUCCCUAACACUUCUAGUUUUCUGUUAUGUGAUUGUGACGUUAGUAUCCCGCGCACUUUAAGUUUUCCCUGUCAUGUGAUUGUAGCGUUAAUAUCUCGCGCACUUUUAGUUUUCUGUCAUGUGAUUGUUACGUUAGUAUCCCGCACACUUCAAGUUUUCUCUGUCAUGUGAUUGUUACGUUAGUAUCUCGUGCACUUUUAGUUUUCCCUGUCAUGUGAUUGUGACGUUAAUAUCUCGUGCACUUUUAGUUUCCCCGUCAUGUGAUUGUUACGUUAGUAUCUCGCGCACUUUUAGUUUUCCCUAUCAUGUAAUUGUUACGUUAGUAUAUCGCUCUCUCUUAGUUUUCCCUGUCAUGUGAUCGUUACGUCAGUAUCUCGCGCUCUUUUAGUUUUCUCUGUCAUGUGAUUGUUGCGUUAAUAUCUCGUGCACUUUUAGUUUCCCCUGUCAUGUGAUUGUUACUUUAGUAUUCUGCACACUUUUUGUUUCCCCUAUCAUGUGAUUGUUACGUUAGUAUCUCGCGCACUUUUAGUUUUCUCUGUCAUGUGAUUGUUACAUUAGUAUCUCGCGCACUUUUGAUUUUCCCUAUCAAGUGAUUGUUACGUUUAUUACACCCAUUUUGUAUCCUGCACUCUCUUAGUUUUCCCUGUCAUGUGAUUGUUACGUUAGUAUCUCGCGCUCUUUUAGUUUUCCCUGUCAUGUGAUUACGUUAGUAUCUUGCGCUCUUUUAGUUUCCCCUGUCAUGUCAUUGUUACGCUACUAUCUUGCGCACUUUAAUUCAGUUUUCUCUGUCAAGCGAUUGUUACGUUAGUAUCUUUAGUAUCUCGUACACUUUCAGUUUUCCUUCUCAUGUGAUUGCUACGUUAGUAUCUUGUGUACCUUUUGCUUUCCUUCGUUGUCUGAUUGUUACGCUAGUAUCUCCCGCACUUCUAGAUUUUCUUGUCGUUUGAGCGAUUGUCUGUUAGUUUCUCAUGUACUUUUAGUUCUCAUUUUUUUUCCCGAUUGCUACGUUAGAGUUUCGCGCACGUUGGGUUUUCUUUGUUAUCUUAUUGUAAUGUAAGUAUGUCGUCCACUUUUUGUUUUCUUUAUCAGGCGACAGUUACAUUUGUUUCUUGCGCCCUUUUAGUUUUCCUUGUUUAAUGAUUGUCUGUUAAUUUCUCGUGCUCUUUUAGUUUUCUCUUUUGUCCGAUUGUUACGUUAGUAUCUGGCGCACUUUCGGUUUUCCUGGCAUCCGAUAUGCGCACUCAUGGAAAAAUCGUUUGGUAAUGUUAGUAUUUCGUGCACUUUUAGUCUUCCUUAUCAGGCGAUUGUUUCGUUAGUUUCUCGUUCUUUUUUUUCCUUGCUAUGCCACUCUUUUGUUAUUAUCUCGCGCAUUUUUAGUUUAUUUGUUAGGCGAUUGUCACAUUGUAUUUCGAGCCUUUUUAGUUUUCAUUGUGAGAUGAUUGUGACGUUAACAUCUCGCGUAAUCUUGGUUUUUCCUGUUAGACAAUUGUUACGUUCGUAUCUUGCACCCUUUAAGUUUUCCUUUUUAGGCAACUGUUUUUAUAGUUUCUUGAACAAUUUUAAUUUUGUUUUGUUUUCCUAAUGUUUUGUUGGUAUAUCUUAGUUUUUCUUGUGGGCCGAUUGUUAUGUUUAGUAUCUCGCGCACUUUCAGAUUUCGUUGAUGUCCAAUAUAUUGCUUCUUAUGAAAGUAUCUCUUUUAAAAAUGGUGGGUCUUUGAAGUGACGUAAUCAUAAAAUGUCGUUAGGCAUACACCACAGGCUACCUAAACAUACUAUGAGUGAUUUCUUGGUUAAAGUAGUUACAGUCUUAGACAAUCCCGAUGUAAAUUUGUUGUUGUUGGGUCUUGUUUGUAGCUUUUACCUCAUUGAAUCGGAAAGGAAAGUUUGUUCGAUUGGUCGCAUUCCACUUUCAGCUCAUCAACAGUUACCUUUGAUGUUGAUCGAAACCAAGUUGCUAAUAUUCUCUGAGGUCCAAUCUCCCAUAUUUUCAGAAAAAAGCUCCACAUCAGUUCAUUUUUACAAGUAUUUUCCUUGUACAAUCGAACCUGUAUUUGGUGGUCACCCACGGGGAAUGGCUGGGUGACCGCUUAAUUCAGAUUUCAUAGAGUAGUGGUGUUAUAAAAAAAGAAAAGAAGUGCCUUUUUAUCGCGUUAUUGACCUCUUAAUAAAGGAGGCAUUGGGAUCUAUAAGAAACCGAAAAACCGUGGAAAAAAUCUUUCAAAACCGCAAAACCGCAAAAAAAGAUUUCCUCUCUUCGUAAAAAAACGUGGCACAAUCCAAAAUGGUUUCUUGAGGUCCUUAAGCUUCUUCCAUUGCAGGCGCGUGAAGUACGUUGGAGGCUAUAGUUCGCAAACUGAUCGACCUAAGUGCUCCACAUUGCAUGUAGCCUGCAGAGCAGGCGUAAUUUUGGCGAACGAGUGCUCAUUAUUUUCUUAACAGAAAUUAUAGCCGCAAUCUUUAAUUACAAUGGCAAAUUACAAUGGGAGGAGAAAGAAAUUUCCACAAAAGGGGUGGUCGACAGUCAAUAAUAAGGAGAGGGGUAGGGGUGGGGGAGUGAAGAUUACGCCUGCCCGAGGUCAUUAUCAUUUUGCAAAACUCCACUCGCCCACGAACGGAGUUCCUGAUCGCAUUAUUGUCGCAUCACUACUGAAUUACAAGAGCUGCAUUGGCUACCAGUGAGAUUCAGGAUAAAGUUCAAGAUAUUUCUUAUGACAUUCAAGGCCAUUCAUGGCUUGCUCUUAUCUAUAUCAUGGAUUUGGUUUCAGUGAAGAAGAAAUCCCCAUAAUACUUGAGGUUAAAUGAAGAGUUGUUCUUAACUCAACCUUCCUUCGAGUCGAAGAAGACGUGACUUCAGGAAACAGAGCCUUUACCGUGGCCGCACCCACGUUAUGGAAUAAAUUACUAAUGUUGGAGUAUUUAGAUGUAGUUUCUAAAUAUGACAUAAAUCGAUCUAGGAUUUCGGAAUUUUACUACAUAUCAUAUCAUUAAUAAUUUUCUCAUUGAUAUUUUGCUUUUUAAAGCACUUUAUAUUAGUUUUUAAAUGGUAAGUAUUAGAUUAUAUUAUUUUGAGAUAGUAAUUUCGAUGAUGGCGAGAUCUGCAGAUACAAAUUUAUGUUUAGUCUUAAAUUGCUAGGUUUACUUAUUUUAUUUCAGUUGUUUUGAGCGCAUUAGAUCAUAUCCAUAUGUAUAUUGCGCUAAGUAUAAGUAUUUAAUUAUUAUUAAAUAAUUAUUAUAAUCGGUGCGGUUAAGCUCCAACUGUCAAUCGCAAGUCAAAUGUGCCAUUUGCUUUUGCGGGAAAAAUGCGAAAAAUGGCAAACUUUUUAAAUGAUGAAGUUGCUAGUUUCGAUUCCGCUUUCGAGGAAGCACUUAAGUGUCUUGCGGAAUUUAAUAUGUCUUGCGCAUUAAAAUCGGAACAAAAAGAAGCAAUUUCUGCACUGGUUCCGGAAAGGAUCUACUGGCCGUGUUGCCAACUGGCUUUGGGAAAAGCCUGGUACAUCAGGUGUUAGUUCGAAGGAAAGAAAUUAUGACUGGAAACCUUCGAGCGUAGUUGUCGUUUUUCUGCAUCAACGUAUUGUUUGUGAUCAAGUGGAAUAAGCAUCUUCGAUCGAAUUAAAGUUAGCUACGCUCACGGAUUGUCGUUUGGAGGACCAAGAGUGCGGCAAUUUCGUCAGCAAAGAACGUUUUGGUUAAGCCAUUUUUUUCGUUGAUGUAACAACAGCCACGCCGUGUCACCAGAGUAUGCCGGUUUGCAUCAAACAAAUUAUGGCGUGUAAAAUUGUAGUUUCCAUCGCAUUCUAAUAACAGAAAUACAUAAUUUGUAAUAAAGUGCAAGCCCUUUCCUGAGCUGACCGAUAUUCUGUUGCGUGAACAGUGCGAAAUCUUCGGCGGAUACUGGCAUAAACACAAGCUCGAAGGGGUCGAGUAUUCUGUUAACCUAGGUUUCCGAAAAUCCAUCGCACGAGCCAUCAAUUACCCCCUGCCCUCAAGAAACUAAAAGUAACCACAGAAACAAUGUUAUUGUGAUAACAGUACUGUAACGAGAUAAAUAAAGAAACACAAAUUUUAUUGAAUUAGAUGGUAGCGAAUCCAAGUGCUGUGUGAAAGUCGAUACAUACGAAAUAUUCAUUUAAAAUACUGAUGUCAGCUAUUUGCCACUGAGUGAAAUGGAUCAUAUGGCAAAUCUACACUCUAACCAAAGAAUUUUUUUCUAUUAAAAUCCCUAUUUGAGAUCAUCUUGGAUCAGAUGACUAUAAAGUCACUCGUUCUCUCUUUGACCGGCUCGACGACGAAAGCUUCUGCCUUUGCAAUCUCUGAGGAAAGGAGCAACUUGUUGUAAAACUGUCCGAUGACUUCGCGGCGAAAAAUCAUCGUUCCUCGUGCAGCCAGCUGAUUCUUUCGUCAAAAGUUAGCUUUUGGUUAGCUUAGAGAAUCACUCAAAAGCAGCGAAACUCUAAGCCAGUUCUGACCAAGGGGAACCUUCGCCGCACUUAGUGUAAAAGAAUAAAAUGUUAUGCCAACAGAAACGAACACAGCUACCCGUUCUUAACAUAGAACUCUCCAUAGAAAAAAAACGCAACAAACUAAUAUAAACAAUCAGUAACGGGAGUCUUUUGUUCUCAUCUUGACCUGUCAGAACUCUCGGUAGAGCUUACUUUCGUGUCACUGGCACUUUGAGAGCCUUCGAUCUCUUUUGACAGCGGUGAAGUUUUAAAAUGCUGACGAAAUUAAAAUGUCGUUGGGUAGUCAUCGGCUGGUCACCUGUUUUAUUUAUUUAAUCCGGGCCAGACAGGGAAAAUAUGUCAGACAAGCAAAAUUUGUGGAUAUUUGGCUAUGGUUCUCUGAUAUGGAAGGUAAACUUUCCAUUUUUGAGGAAACUUCCUGGUUUCAUCGAAGGAUACGAGCGAAGAUUCUACCAGGGAAGCAGUGAUCACAGAGGUGUUCCAGAGAAGGUACGAAUUCUGACAGGCAAUCAAACCGGAAAAUUUCCUGCCAUAAAGUCAAUAUUCAUGGUGAAGAACGUUUAUGUGCGUUCACUUUUUUUUCCUCGCAGUCGUUUGAGUUUAUUUCGCGUCUCUAUUUUUCUAAAUCGAACAGCUAAGGGUUAACAUGCACAAGUUUUCUCUCUAGCAAUUUGUAAUUUCUUGGAGGGUAUGAAAAGGCAAAAUGUCAAAGCUCUCCAUCCUUUGGCGUCGGUGCUGGCAGGUGAACUACACGUAAUAAUCUACAAAUGAAAGAAAUUUACAUUCAUGUAUCUCGUAUCCGUUUUUUGUUUCAGCCUGGAAGAGUGGUUACACUCCUGGAAAAUGCCGAGGUAAGUUUGUGGUUGUAUGUUGAGACUGUUACAUAUUACGUAACUCUUCUGUAACAAGGAACAAACAAACGAGAGGAAUAAAUAAUCAGUUGUUUAACCUACCAGUAAAGUAUUAUUGAGGAAACCUCUGAAUGAAGAACAAAUUAUGAGAAAUACAAAACUUUAUUGAUUUAUUAUAAUUGUUUAUUUAAUUAUUUACGUUUUUGACUCAAUUGCUACAGGAAAGAGUUUGGGGGAUUGCCUAUGAAAUUGCAGCAAAGGAUAUACCCAGUGUGAUUGACUACCUUGACUACAGAGAGAAGAAUGGCUACAAGGCAACAUGGGUAACAUUUCAUCCUCAAGAUACUUGCCAUCAUCCUUUUGAAACAAAGCUUUACAUUGCAACACCUCAGAAUGAAUUUUAUCUUGGACCUGCACCAUUAUCAGAGAUUGCAAACCAAAUUCUACACUCUAAGGGUCCUAGUGGGACAAACUCUGACUAUCUCCUAAACUUAGCUCAAGGCCUUCGGGACAUUUGUUCAGACAUAAAGGAUGAUCAUUUAUUUCAGCUGGAAAACCUUGUGAGGAAGGGUUUAUCCAAUGCGGCUUCUAAUUGCCCUUUAUCUUAAUCAAUUCCUCUCUCUUAAAUUUUGACUGGCCUACAUAUUUUUAAAUUGACAUUGAUCCCCUAAAAAAUUUUGGAUGCCAGAUUCUUUUGAGCCACAGGCAACAAUUGAAAAGUAAGUUUUGAAAUGAAUGUUUCCCAAAUGCAUAUUAAUUAGUUUUUCAUACAUAGCAUCAAUUGUACAUUUAUCCUCUUGUUGUUUGGUAUCUAUGUCUUUAAAAAAAGAUACAAAAACCAAGACUUUAAGUGUCACUCCAGAGUAUAACAAAGGAGGGUGGGGGUCCUGAAAAUUUGGACUUCAUAUGUGUGAAAGGAAAACUUCAAAUCUAUCUUCUUGUGUACAAGGUGUGAGGGAAAUUUUGAUGUUUUUUCACAAUGGAAAAAUUUCACAGGUCACAUACAUUUCAGGAGGCAAGUCACACCUCACUCUGGUACAUAAGUUCACAAAUCAUGCUCACCUUUUUGGUAAAAUUUAUGCAUCAUGCAUCAUAAGUCACAUAAAAACCCUCUGCCAUCCUCACUCCCAUCUGUAAUGAAAGAAUUUCUUGGUAACAGUUCUAGGAGUUAAAGAACCUCCUUUAAAAAUUUUGUUUACCCUUGAACCCUAACACAGUUCAGUGUGUAUGUUCUCCAUACUGCCCUCAGUGCUUUUCUUAAGAGGCUGACAGGGAGAAUUUUUGUAUCAAUCAAGAGCUUCCUUAGUUGUUGAUUAUUUCCUUUAUUCUUGUGACCUUAAUGUGUGAUUGAGGGGUGGUAUGGUAAGGAGAAAUUAGGUGCUGGUCAAUCUGAGUGUUAAAGAGUUGAUAGAUAACAUUUAAAAAUUCCAAAGUACAUUGUAGGUAAAAAUUUUAAGACAAAUUUAGUUUGGAACACUUAAUUGAAACACUAGCUUGCAGCAUACUGCACACAUUCUGUCACAAAGGUGUAAGUUUUUAAAUAUGAAAGGACAUUGUAUAUUGUGGCUGAUUAUUUAUUUUUGUGUCUGUUUAUUUAUCACGUGUUAGGCACAUUUUUCAUAUUCUGAAAUCCUUGAAACUAUAGACAGAAUGUUGACAAGUUCAAAUUCAGCCUACAUUCA